AUGUUUAAUGAGAGCAGUGAUUUAAAAUGUUUUGAAUGGGAAUUAAGAAAUGAUGGAGAUGAUGAUGGCAAUUAUAUCAAAGAAAGUCAAGAAGAAAAAGAGAACUUCCAGUUACGUGAAGGCUUUAAGGUCCAACUACCGAAUUACAUCCAACCAGACCUUAAGACCAUUCAUUAUAAUGAAAUUUCUAUGAAACCUACUGUUGUUGAAUCUGUGUCGCAUCAAGCUUUCAUCACUCAAAAUAUUAUCAAAUCAUCCCCAAUAAUGAGAAGAUGUUCAGCAAAUUAUUCAAAUCUUAUAAUAAAACUCCAUUCAAAGAGCUCAUUAAAGGAUAUUCCCUCAAGAUUGAAAAAAACUCCAUGGACAUGA